AUGGCCAGAUAUGCGAAAGACCAGCCUGAUGGCUUCACAAAUGCCAUUGAGAGCGUAGCGAUUGUCGGGGCGGGGGGAACGGUGGGAUCACGCAUUGUCAGCGCCCUGGUUGAGGGUGGCAAACACACUGUCACUGCGCUGUCCCGCAAGGGCAGUCCGAACAAGAUUGCCCCUGGUGUCCAAAUUGCAACGAUCGAUUACGACGACGAGACCAGCAUCGUCGAGGCUCUGCGCGGGCAGCAAUGCCUCAUCAUCACCUUGGCACCAGCUGCACCCCCAAACACACACAGUAAGCUCGUGCAUGCCGCAUCCAAGGCCGGUGUGCCGUACAUCGUGCCCAACAACUACGGCGGCGACAUUGAUAACGUCAAGAUGGGUCAAGAGACAAUGCUGGGUCCCGUGGCCCGAGCGAACCGAGCGGAAAUUGAGCGGCUUGGUAUGCAGUGGAUCACUAUAGCUUGUGGCUUCUGGUACGACUACAGCUUGGCGGGGAGCGAAUGGAGCUUCGGGUUCGACUUCGCCAAGCGGGCUGUUACUUUCUACGACGAUGGCAGUACGUAUGGUACCUUUUCGACGCUGGCGCAGGUCGGCCGGGCUGUGGCCAAAGUGCUCAGCCUCAAGGAGCUCCCUGACGACGAGGGCGACAAGGGGCCCACGCUGUCGUCGUUCCUGGGUAAGGCUGUUUAUGUCCAGAGCUUCAGGGUCAAUCAAAGGGAAAUGCUCGAGAGUGUCAAACGAGUGACGGGCACCACGGACGCCGACUGGAAGGUCAGCCACGUGGACAGCAAGAAGCGAUACGAGGAAGGCCUCGCGCAGGUGCAGAGCGGGGACAGGAGCGGGUUCAUCAAGCUGCUGUAUGCAAGGGGUUUCUACCCCGACGAUCCAGCCGACUUCUCUGCAAAGACGCAGAACGAGCUGCUUGGACUGCCAGAGGAGAGCCUGGACGUGGGCACAAGGGCCGCACUGGCCAUCGUGCAGCAUCUGCAGAGCCUCGCCAAGCGUACCGCGGCAUGA